UAUUUACACCGCAUUGUCGUACUCUACGUUUAUUCAUAGAUAGUAUAUUACUAUGUUUUAUUAUGGUAUGGCGCAUAACUGGACAGCCCAAUCGCGUUGCCCCCAGUCAGCUGGUGGUGAGCUAUCAGGUGCAGUGAGUGUAGCUAACCGAGCUUGGUAAGAUAGUUAGAUGUGCAUUUGCGAACGUGUGGUAUUUUACUCAUUCUAAUUUAACAUUUGUAGCUAUAAGUGUUUAUUUGCGCCUGUGUGGCAACAUAUUAAAUAUCAACUGUAAAGUUUUUUGGGUUUUUUUGUAUUUCAGCAUCUGUCUCACGUAGUUUAAAUGUUUGGCUAGCUUGCGGUUAUUUUUUUUUUUAUCGAGGUAACUUAUACUGCCUUGGUAUUUUUGUGAGAUGAAAAUGUCUGGACCAAAUGGAGACCCCAACAUUACAAACGAUGAUGGAAUUAUUGAUAACGAAGACGAAUUCAGUGAAGAAGAAUAUGCGGCAAUCAACUCCAUGCUGGACCAGAUCAACUCGUGCCUAGAUGACUUGGAGGAACGCAACGAUGCGCUGAACGGCAAACUACACGAACUUCUGGAGUCCAACCGACAGGCACGGCAGGAGUUCCAAGCGCAGCUGAAUGAAAAAGAUAAAGAUAAAACCCAGCCGCCUCCGCAUCCGUCUCACGAGGAUUCACCUCCAUGUGACGGAUGACAAAAGUCCAGACAUCCCGACACAUUCCGCUGGUCCCGUUGGCAUGUCUCCCUUCUGUACUGUACAACUGCGAGGACACUAACCUGGCAUGAUCAUGUCCAAUAUCCUUUCCACCUCAGCUCCUAAAAGUACAGGCGAGUUUCUUAACGUCGCAUGGUAUUUACAUUUUUAACUUCAGUAAUAGAUGUUCGAGGUGAAUAGAUACCUCACUCUGUCUUUAGAACCAUUUUAUCUCACUUUAUUAUACACAGCUUUUCUUCUUAUUCUUCAUUGUCGUGUUGCUUGUCAUUUUAAUAUCAUAAAUCAAUCAGAAAAACAGUAAUCAUCGAAACAUUUUAUUAGACAUUAAAAUGACCCGAAUGCAGAAAAACGAACAUCAGAAAAAAAUACAUGAUACUUCCAGGUGCUAUAAAACAAAUGUGUUUUUUUUUAAUCUAUUUCUUUUCUCAUUUGUAGAAUAAAAAUAGAUUAUGAAAUGUACAAUUUCAUUCUGGUAUGUUGAUUAUUUCCAUAUUGCUGUGGUCCUGGAGGUAGGUUUCAAUUCCAUACCAUUCCACAGCACGUCAGUUUGCCUUAAUCUUGUUCCUCAUUGGUGUUUUGUUGUUGAUAAUCAACACAUUUAUGUCCUAAACAUGAUUACUGUCCUGUGAACAAGCGACCACAAUGUGUGAUGUGUGAGGCUUUUUUAAAAUUCAUGAAACAAAACUGGAUUAAGUGAAGUGCAUUUAAGGUGAAUAUCUAUUGGUUGAGCACUUCACUUUGUGGCUACAGCCUCAGGUUCAGGUUACAUGCGGCUUCGAGAACUGGGCUGCUGAUGCUGUAGUGGUGGUGAGGCAGUCGGCCUGGCACGAACAAAACACGUUUCUCAUAUUAGGCCUUGGGUCAGAAGUAAGCAAUUAGGUGUCUGGACUGGACAUACUGUUGCUCUCACAGCAAUUAAUACUGUGUACAGCACUCAACAUUCUGGUUUUAACCAUCUGUGCUUGCGUGGUAUGACUAACUGCCUUACAAUUGUACAUACCCAAAAAGGUCAUUAGCAAUAUGAAAUCCAUUAGCAGAUUUUCAACUCUAUUGCCUAUGGUACAAAAAGAACAAUGUUGUUUACUUUUAGCAGGUCAACAAUAAGGUCUUUAUGGACUGAUUUUGACAGGACUCCUAUACUGUAUCCCAAACCUCCUGAGAUCCAUGUGCCUGCAAGAGUGUGGUCCCAGCCAAAUGUAUUAACCAAAUAAUAAAUGCCUUCAAACUGCACUUGAUUCUCCAGAUCAGGGUUGUAAGGGAUGCAUCGGAAAUGCUCUCUAGCAAGGAAGAUCUAUAGGAGGGUUAGUGGCCACUGUUGGACACUUCAACUGUUACAGUCACAAGUUCAACAUCCGUUGGACUGCAAAUACGAGCUUGCCCCGUAGUGUUCCCACCCCUGCAGCAGUUAAGGAAACAUUCCACUAUAGUUCCUUUUCAAGUGCCUUUUUUGGGUGAAAUACAGUGUCACUUCCCAAACAUGAAAUACUCUGUCCUUUCCCUACCUCCAUUUUCCAUCAGAUGAUGAUGGGUUUUCAUUUUUUUCCCCUAUGCCUCAAAAGCUGCUUAAUAACUUCCAAUUGCUACAUUUAUUAUACCUCAUAAGUCACUUCAAAUAUUGAUACAUGUCCUUUUUAAUGUUAUAGAUGGCAGGAGCUAACAGUAUCUGUAUUUCAGUGCUGUUGAGCCAUCAUCUGCGUACUUUUUCAGGGAACAAUCUGCUCUCAGUAUGAGACAAACCCCUGAUCGAUUCAGAUGAAUUUUUUUUUUCAAAUGGUAUGACAUUUUGUUCUGCGAAGACGGUCAACAUCACGAAACCCCCCCCCCCCCCCGUAUCAGAUGCGCCAAUUACAUCAGUGACAAUAACCACACUAGCAGUAGGGAACCUACAUUGAACGUAUUAAUCUGUGUCUAGAACCCCAGCCAUCGUUUUUAAACCAUUUCAUCCAGCCCUCACACAGUACACUUGCUUUAUUAUGUACAGACAUCUUCAAGGCGAGUCCUCAGACUGUGUGGUGCAAUAGCCAUAUAUAGUAUGCCUAAUUAGCCAGACCUAGCACAUAGAACAUGCUGUUUCAGGUUUUCCAGUGUUAUACUGAGAUGCACAUAAAAAUGAUAAAACAAUAAAGCACAAUACUUGAAGAGAAACAGGUAGAGGGAGACAAAAGUGUCACAACCAUUCACACAGCUAAUGCCACUGAAAAUGUAAAAAGAUCAGAAAGCUUCCCCAAGACCCUGGUAUAAAACUUCUCUAAUUCAGUGUAUCAUUAUACAGCUAGGAAAAAGUCAUAAAUCUGAGUUAUGACCCGAAGUAGUGACGACAUAUAUGCUCCAGCCAAAAGAUCUGACCUCAGAUCUGUACGAAUGGGCAACCACUCCCAAGAAUUCAGCACUUUAAUGAUUCAAAAUGUUUUUUCAUGUUAAAAAAAAAGCACUAGCACAAUGGAAUAUACCUGAAGAGCUUAAUGGGACUUUAAUUAAUGAACACACAAUUCAGAGCAAGGUAUAGUGACGCAUGAUUUUCACCAUGCAUAGAAUCAAAACCAAAAGAAAAAAAAAAGUUGUGUUAAAAUGUGCAGCAUCCCGUUUAAAAUUACUUUACAACCAACCAUAGGACCAUAGGACGUCUCUGACUUAUUCCACCUUUUUGCCAGAUACCUAAAACAAAACCA